CUGCAGCUGCUUUGAAUCCUUAUAAUAAAACAUCCAAACCUCCCACAGAAUCGCAGAUUUUCUUCUUCUUCCCAUCAUUUUAAUAGAACCCCAGUUUGAAGCCCUGUUUCUAUCUAUACUUUUGCAUUACACGCCUCUCGAUUCUCAAUGAAUUUUCAGGAGUUUCUCUCAUUUUUGCUGGUUUUUCUUCUCUUUUUUCCUCAUUCUUCUCUGCAAUUUCCAAGAUGGGUUGGAGAAAAGAAAACGGGUGGAUCGGUACUUGGGUUGAAGCCACGUGGUUUUGCUUCUGGGUUUGAUCCUACUCGAGUGACCCAACUCUCUUGGCGUCCCAGGGCUUUCUUGUACAAGGGAUUUUUAUCAGAAGAAGAGUGUGAUCAUCUCAUUACACUGGCUAAGGAUAAAUUGGAGAAGUCAAUGGUAGCUGACAACGAAUCGGGUAAGAGUAUAAUGAGUGAGGUUCGAACAAGCUCUGGCAUGUUCCUUCUAAAGGCCCAGGAUGAAAUAGUUGCCGAUAUCGAGGCAAGGAUUGCUGCUUGGACCUUUCUCCCAGUAGAAAAUGGCGAGUCCAUUCAAAUACUGCACUAUGAGAAUGGUGAAAAGUAUGAGCCGCAUUUUGAUUAUUUUCAUGACAAGGUUAAUCAACUACUUGGUGGUCAUCGAAUUGCCACUGUACUGAUGUAUUUAGCUACUGUGGAGGAGGGUGGGGAAACAGUUUUUCCCAAUUCAGAGGGAAGAUUUUCUCAACCAAAGGAUGAUAGCUGGUCUGAUUGUGCUAAAAAGGGUUAUGCAGUGAACCCCAAGAAAGGUGAUGCCUUGCUGUUCUUCAGUCUGCAUCCUGAUGCAACCACAGACCCAAGCAGCUUACAUGGAAGUUGCCCUGUUAUUGCGGGUGAGAAGUGGUCUGCAACCAAGUGGAUCCAUGUGAGGUCUUUUGAUAAACCUUCGAAGCGUGGAGCAGAAGGGGAAUGUGUGGAUGAGGAUGAGCACUGCCCUAAAUGGGCUGCGGUAGGUGAGUGUGAAAAAAACCCUGUUUAUAUGGUGGGCUCUGAGAAUUCAGAUGGCUUUUGUCGAAAGAGUUGUGGAGUGUGCUCAUCGUAGGAAUCCUUUUUAGUUUUGUAUGCAAAGCUGAGUUGUGUUGUACUGGCACAUGUCUUUGAGCUAUCCUGAAUGAACUUCUGCAACAUUUCAUGGUCUUUUUGCACAGUUAAUAUGACAUUGUACCUUGAUGACUAAAUUCUAUUCAAGCUAAUUGAUCUA